AUGCAGAUGAGGACAGAGCGUGCUGCUGGUUUCGUUCCUGUCGUGGAGAGCUUGAAGUCCUCUUGGGCUGGCGCCAGCAGCUACCUCGUCUCACAUUCUUCUGAGCAGGAAUCCGACGGUGUGGCAGGCGCCAGGGAAACGACCAAGAAGUAGGGAAGACUGGGAAGCAGAAAAUCAAGCGCUCGAGGGCGCGCGCCUCUUGUCUUCUUCGGCUCGAAAGCUACCAUUAACCCAGAUUUUUCCCGUCUUUGGGCUCUCCUCGUUCCGUUUGGUAGACUUUUUAUCCGCAGGCCACGCUCGUUGGCGUCGGUUUGUUUGUAGAUCGCGGAGGUGUUGCUGCGGAGACGGCAGCUGCUACGUCGUUGUUGAUGGGCGAUUGUCCUCAAAUUCCCCUCAAAUCUUUCUUCGGCCGCCCCAGUUCACAACCCUGACUCAUAUCAGUCCUGGCUACCCGUGGUCUCUCUCCCUUGCUCGUCUUCUACUCGAUGACGUAGCUGAAAGUUGCUGUGGGGUCUCUCCCAAUCGGGAAAUCUGCAAGAUUGCGGCGGGGAUUUCUGGCAGCGUGUCUGGAGAAUUGGUUACCAUGCGGCAAGGUGGGAAGUGGUUCUUCCCCCCCGGCACUUUCAUCUCUAGAUUUUCACGAGGCACCUUAGAAAUUCCUUCUCUGGUUGAAGCUCUUACACCGGUUUCUGAGCCUAUUUCCAAUGGUUGGGGACACAAUUCGUUAACGAAUGUCGAAAAUCUAAUGAAAGUUCAUUAAAGCGAUAUAAACCCAUAACUAGAACUCCUAUAAACCAUUGAUUCGUUAUUGGAACAGAUAGCAAUAACCAUUUCAUCUGACAGUUGGCUGGAAAGGAGUUUUCGUGGCGCUCGUUGAGGUUCGGUGGUUGCUCUGCUGUAAAUUGCAGACUUAAUGUUCCUGCAGUCUUUAAAUGUCCGUGGGGAGCUCUAACUUGGGUUUUUUUCACACUUACCAUGCCGAUGGGCAAUUCAUGUCUUCAGUGGUAUUUCUAAAUAGAAAAAGGAUCCCCGACUCCAUUAUUUUUGUUCCUUUUUAUCAAAAAUGCCAGUCUUAUCAAAAAGGUUCCUUUUUGUUCCAUUAUUUUUUAUUUAAUACAAUGACUUGUGAAUUAUUUGUUAACUGGGUCUGUGGACGGUCCAAUUCCAGGAUUUGAUAUUGGGACGCUGUAUCCGGCAGCUAAGUCUAGAUGGCUCAAACCUUCAGAAGUUCUGUCCAUUCUGAGUAACCAUGACGAAAGUCAAAUAUCUCCAGAGCCACCAAAGAGGCCACCUGGUAACCCCCAUGUUCAUCUGGUGCUUUGAAGAUUUAGUUUAUUCAUUUGAUAACGCUGUGAUGAACUAAUGAUCUUAAACGGCCUUUUGACUGGUUGGUCAAAAGGUGGGUCUUUAUUCCUCUUCAACAGGAGGGUGCUCCGGUUUUUCCGUAAGGAUGGUCAUGUCUGGCGGCGUAAGAAGGAUGGUAGAACUAUUGGGGAAGCACAUGAGCAGUUAAAGGUUUGUCCUUGAAAUUUUCAUCUGUUGGUCAAUCGUGCUCUCUAGGCUCAUUUUUUCUUUUAUUAAUGUGAAAUUCAGUUGACUGUAUGGGGUUUAUUCUGUGUCAAGUUUAAGAUACUUUUAACUUAUUCUUUUAGACUGACGAGGAUAAAGGCCUACUUCUUGCAAAUUUGUACCCAAAGGCAAAUAAUUAGUUAGUAAGAGUGCAUGAUUUUUCCUUAAAUUUAGUAUAUUCGUUAAGGGUUGCAUGACCUUUUUUUUUUCCUUCCAAUGAGCUAUGAUACUCUAUUCGUACAUGCAAAGGAACAAAUACAUCUCAAUCUAUACACAAAAUACUGUGCAUGACGAUCAUGGAGGUUUCUUCCUAGUGGGUUGGACCUUUGGGGGUAAAAUGGUACUAUAAAAUCAGAGUGCCCUGUCAAAGAAUACUGAUAUGAGAAAAUUAUCUGUGACAUGUGAAGAUCAAAGCAUCAUUGUAAUCCAACUAGGCUUCAACAAGAUGCAUUAUAAUGUUUUUGGCCCUCCAUGAUGAUGUUGUCUUUAGUUUACUUAGAGUUGUCUCUUGGUUGACAUGCGUAGUUGGUAUGACUCCCAAUAUGGUGUGCCGAUAGAUGCCUCAGCACCCAUGGAGAGAAAGAAUAUCUUUAUUGAUUAGAAGAAAAAAUAUUACAAGAAGAGCAAGGUCUAGUAUUUAUACCAGACCCCUAGAAAGUUCUAGACAUACUGACAUAGAUGCAAACAUAUAAGAAAUAUGAGGGCAUAUCUGCCAACACCUAAAACACACAAGGUUUAUUUAUUAAGUACAUCCCGGCAACACUCCCCCUCAGACUAGUGAGUGGAUGUCAUUUAUUCCCACCUUGGAAAUAAUCUUGGUUAGUUCUAUGCCCGAAACUCCUUUAGUAAGCAUAUAUGUCAAUUGAUUGUUCAUUGAGAUGUAUGGCAUAUAAAUCAAAUUGGCCUCAAGUUUUCCCUUGAUAAAAUGAUGAUCAAUCUCCACAUGUUUGGUACAAUCAUGUUGUACCAGAUUAAUUGUUGAGUUAUUGUCACAAUAAAUCUUCAUAGGACUAAAUAAAGGGAUUUAUAACUCAUCAAGUAAAUUCUUCACGCAGAGUAACUCGCAUAUUCCUGAGGUAAGUGUCCUGAGUUCAGCUUCAGCACUUGAACAAGCAACUACAUUUUGUUUUUUUCUUCUCCAAGUAACAAGGUUGCCACCAAUAAAUGUGAGAUGGCCAAAAGUUGAUCUUCAAUCAAUUAUUAAUCUUACAUAGUCAGCAUCUGUGAACAUUUAAACUUCUACAUUCUCGCUUCAUUUAAAAAUAACUCUUUUACCAUUUGUGAAGUAAUCUAGCACUCGAUGGGCUACAUGAAAAUGAGAUUCUUUUGAUUGAUGCAUAAAUUGACUUAAUAUACCCACUGCAUAUGAGAUAUCUAGUCGAGUAUGUGUUAGAUAAAGUAGCUGGUCAAUGAGAUGUUGAUACAUCUCACGAUUAAUAGAAAUUUCUUCAUUUGCCAUACAUAGUUUGGUUUAUAUCAAUAGGUGUAUUGGCUAAUUUGCAUGCAUAUUUCCCUAGUUCAAUCAACAAAGGUAUUAUGUACUAAUGUUGAGAGAUGAAAAUGCCUCUAAAAAAGUAAACCACUUCAAUUCCUAAAAAAUAUUUGAGUCAUCCCAAUUUCUUGGUAUCAAACUCUUUAGCCAAACAAUUGCUUAAGUUAUGUGUUUCCACUUCAUCAUUUUUUGUGAUAAUAAUAUCAUCAACAUAAACUAAGACCGUAAUCCCCCUGAAGAAGAUUGUUUAAAGAAUAAGGUAUGAUCACCAUUACUCUAGCUAUAAUUCAAUUUUUUUUAUUGGUGUUAUAAACCAUCCAAAACAUGCAUGUGGUGACUAUUUUAGUCUAUAAAGGGACUUCUUUAAUUUGCAAAUAAUAUCAGGUGAAUGUUGACUCUCAUAUCCUAGUGGAAGAGUCAUAUAAACUUUUUCAAUUAGAUCACCAUGUAAGAAGCCAUUUUUAGCGGCAAACUUUUGAAUAUCCUAACUAAAAAUUACUAGUAAUGAUAGCAAAAAAUGGACAGUAUUUAUUUUGGCAACUAGUACAAAAGUUUCUUGAUAAUCAAUGUCAUAUAUUUGUGUAUAAUGUUUAGCUACUAGUCAAGCUUUAUAUCUCUCAAUCGAAUCAUUUGAUUUAUAUUUUAUCGUAUACACCGAUUUGUAAUCAACCAUCUUCUUAUCUUGUGGUAAUUUCAUUAAAUCCUAAGUUUGAUUUUUUUCUAGAACUCUCAUUUCAUCAUCCAUAGCUUGUUUCCACUUCAUAUUGGAUAGAGCCUCUAAGAUAUUUUUUGAAAUAGUAGUGGUGUCUAAGGAGACAAAGAAUGACUAAUAAGGUAGAGAAAGUCUAUGGUAGGAUAAAAAUUGGGUGUUGGAUACAAAAGUGUUUUAGUACACUUUCGUAUGAGUUUUCUCAAAGGAAUGGAAAGUGAAUCACAAUUUAUAAUUACUUGAUCAUCAAAUGAAGUAGAGGUAGAUUUCUAAAUAUUUUCUAAGGCCAAAUCAGAAUCUUGGAUUUUUAUUGAAUCGUGAAUUUCCCCUCUCCUAUAAUAGACCUUGCCAAAUCUGAGUUUUUCAGGUAGUGGAUUCGGAAUAGAAUGAGAUAUUUCAGGGACUAGAAUGGGAAUGAACAAAUUACUUGUUGGGGGCAAAAUUUAAGAAUCUAUAUGCUGAUCAAUAUAAUAUGUAGAAAUAUAAUAUGCAAAAUUCAAGGAUCUAUAUACGUUGAUCAUCAGAUGAAGGGUUUUUAAAAUAAGAUUCUGAUCCAUGAAAUGUAAUAUCCAUUGAAGUAAAGAAUUUUCGAGAAAGGGGAUGGUAACAUCUAUACAACAUACCCAAUGAAUACAAAUUUAAGUGAUUGUGGUUCUAGUUUUCCUUUGGCCUGAUUGUGAUGGUGAUCAAAAGAGACGUAACCUAGUUUCUAAGGUUCUAACCUAGUUUUAACUUGGUGGUGUGGAAAAUGGUCGGCCAAUGAGUCUAUAGGGCUGUGAAAGCCCAGGGUUCUAGAAGGCAAUUGGUUGAUAAGGUAUGUGGCUGUUAAGACAGCCCCACCCCAAAAAAAAUUGGCACAUAAUUUUGAAAUAGAAUCGAUUGAGUUACUUCUAAAAUAUGCCAAUUGUCCUCUCGGCUAGUAUAUACACAAGAAGAUUCAUGUAUGAUACCCUCUGUUUGGAAGCAUGAAUUUAGACUUUGUCUAAAAUAUCAUUUAGGAUUAUCGGAUAUGAAUUUUUUUUUGAUAUUAGUGCCAAACUGAUUUUUGAUUAUGGCAUAGAAAAAUUUUAAAAUUUCACACACAUCAAACUUCUGUUUUAGAAGGAAUGCCCACAUAAAUCUUGUACAAUCAUCUAUAAAAGUGGCAAACCAUUUAUUACCAUGAAUGCCAUUAAUUGGACAGGGUCCCCAAAUGUUAUUAUGAGUGCAGAAGAAAGAAAUAUCACUCCUUUCUCCUUGAGGUUGAAAGGAAGCAUAAGUUUGUUUAAAGAACACACAUCACACUUAAGAGUGUCUAAGGGCACCUUUUGAAACAAAGUAGGAUUUUUUUUUUCAAAAUGUUAAAGGAAGGAUGACCUAUCCAUUGGUGAAGUAAUCGUAUUUUACGGACAUCUUCUAGAAGCUCUAGAUGUUGAUCUGCUUCCACUAGAUAUGUUUAGCUCAGUACUUCUAAAAGAUAGAAUUCUUUACAUUCUCUAUCAACUCCAAUCCUCUGAUGAUGUACCUUAUCAAAUAUUACAUAAAUAUCUUCAUAAAAAAAGACACAAUAAGGUGAAUCCUUCACAGGUUUCUUAUUAAAGAUGAAGUUUGUAAAUAAUUUGAGAACAUGGAAGAUAUUAAUAAAAAACUCAAGAGGUUCAAGUUUAAGGUCUUUUAUACCAGCAACAGUUAGAAAAGAUCCGUUUGCAGUAGAUACUUUUCUGUCACUAGGAUAAGGGUUAUAUUUGGUAAAAAAUGUGAGAAGAAUUUAUCUUAUGGUUUAUUGCUCUUGAGUCUACUACCCAAUUGUUAGAAGUAUCUCUAGAAGAGGCCUUGAUUCCAAGAGAGUUAAUGAAGCAUACCAUGCUAAAUUGAUUAGUACUAUGUUACCAUCGACUUCAAUUUUUCUAAUUCAACUUGAAGUCAUUCUAUACCGUCUAUCUGAGAUGAAGAAGAAUGUUGGUUUUUUUGAGAAAUCUGAUGGCUGAUUGGUAAGUAAUCCUCCUACCAAAUAUGUUUGACUUUCACAUUUUUCAGUGCUGAAAUUUUGUGGUCUACAAUGCAACUUAUAACAUUUAUCUCUAGUAUGACAUGAUUUCCUGAAGUGUGUGCACCACAGGUUAUCUCGAAAAUUAGUUUUUUGAUUUCUUCCUUGACCAAGUUCAGGAUGUUUAGGUUGAUCUGUGGCUUUCUUCAUAGUUUUGCCCUGUUUAAUCAUAAAUGCAGGAUUGUCAAUUUCAGGCACUGAUAAUAUUAAUUUCCGAUGACUUUCUUCAUUCAAAACAAUUGAAAUAGCUUCAUCUAGAUUAGAUUUCCUCUCACAACUCAAAAUUUGUUGUCUUAUCUGAUCAAAAAUAGAAUUAAGUCUUGCCAGAAAUUUAAACAUUCUUCUUUGUUCUAUAUGAGCCUCAUUGUUUUUUUUUGAGGAUUUUGUGUGAACCGUUUCCCACACAUCUUUAACAAUAGCCAGGAAGAAUUGGUUAAUUUGGGGAAUCAUUGUUCCCUAGAGCCAGGUCUUGAUUAGUGCAUCAUCUUCUCUCCAUCUACGAAAUUCACGGGACAAGGAAUCCGGUUUUCCCCCUACUAGAUGAUGUAACAUUCCUCUUUCAGUCAGAACCUCUCAAAUGUAUUAUGACUAUUGUAUCAGAUUAUAUCCAGUCAAUUUGAACUCUGCAUGCAUUGUAGAAAAUUCUAUAAGUAAUCUUGAACCAGUAGGACCAAGAUUAACUUCUCUCAUGGAAGUUGGAUCCCCACAGAAAUGAAGAAAUGUCUCCCACAUUUUCCAUUUCAGGGAAAAAAUAGCCAAAUUCCCGAAAAUACCAAAUUUCGUGAACAGAUCUCAACAGAAAUGAAAAAAAUGAACUUUGAAUUGACUUGUGAGGUUGAAUUUCCUUAAAAAAGCCUAUAUCUCUUGACUUUUAGGUUUUUCAACGAGUGAUUGAGUCUGGUAUAGUGAUUGUUUCAGAUGUCCUCUGGUAGGUUUUAUGGUGACGAGAACUGGGAGCAGGGUGGACUCGAGAAAGAUGCUUUUAUGCAGACAUUUCCUUUCAAGGUUAACAUUUUGACAGUGAAAAGAAGGUAGGUUCCUUAGUUUUACAGAUAACCUAAGAGGAAUAAAUAACCCACCAGAGAAAUUGACGGCCUUGUUAGAAAGCGGCUGCAUCAUGAGUGACGAUUGGGUUGUGUGGCAAUGGGAUGUUGGUCCCAUCAACAUCUCUAGUGUCAGCAGGAACACUUGUUUCCCUUUUUCUUGGAUGGCACCUCACCCAGCGUCUCUAUUGAAGGCCAAGUUUUUCUAUGGAGGAAUGGCUAACUUAAACCUUGCACAUUUGAUUGGGAAGCUUACUUUUUCUUGGAAUGUAGGGAUACAAAGAGCACAUGUAGAGGUGCUUAUUUUGAUCAAGGCAUUCUUUUGAUCAAGUAUGGAUCCAGUUAUAAAAAAGGCAUCAAAACCAGGAUUACAUAUUUUAAUAUAAAAAUAUAGAUAGAAGAAAAUAAAAUUAUUGAUUUUGAAUAUGUUCUAUGUCGGACAGAAAUAAUAUUAAUCAUAUGAGAGCUCAUUUUUAUGCACAUUUGAAGGAGCUCAUGUUUGUAUGUAUAUGGAUAAUUCAUUUUAAAGUAUAACCAUAGGUAUGUGGAAAGAAUACAGAUGAAAAGACAUAGGAUAAACUAGGCUCCACUUAUAUUCUCAUUCAAGUUGUCUCCAUUUUCUAUAUACUGAGGUGAGUGGAUGAAGAGCCGUCUCCUGUAUGGUGUCUGGUAGCUGUAUAGACUUGGUAGGGUUCUGUUCAUGGGUGUCAUCUGUUUGGAGUCAAACUGGUGUUAAACAUGGAAUUUUCUUACUGAUCUGGUCAGAAUAAUGACAACGUCGUCCAAGGAUCUCGACAUGAAGAUUUGAAAUUUCAUGAAUUGGGGGGAAGAUCAGGACGUUCACUGAAGACUAUAGGAACAUGACGUUUGGUAAUUUCAUAUUUAUGCUGCAGAGGACUCGUUGCCUUUGGGGGGUAGUUAGUAUGGUUGCAUAGUAAGGUUUUGUCUGGAUAUCACUUCAGACUAUUGGAAGAAGAAGAUAAAGGGUCGAAGGAAGCAUACGAUAAUUUUACAGUUUGUAGUUUCCUCUUUAUAUUGUAGAGGACACAUUGCCGCUUAGGGAAAGUUAGUUUGCUUCUAUGGUUAGGCUUAGCUUGGAUAUCACUUCAGUCUGUGGGAAGAUGAAGGUCGGGGCAUGGACUAAAGCAUACAGCAACCCCUCGGUUGGCAAUUUAGUAUUUAUGUUGAGGAGGGUGCAUAGUCCUUGGGGAAAUUUAGUGUACAUAUACAGUUAAGUUCUCUUCUUCCUUUUGGGUAUCACUUCUGACUGGGAGAUGGUGAGAGUAUACAUUUGUAUGUGGAGCCUUGAAGGUUUUACUGUGAGUUCUCUUACAUGUUAAAAUUUUAGUUGUUUCCAAUGCGCUUUUCAUGGUGUUCUUCUAACAUGCUGUUUGGGGGUAUAUUUUCUGUAAUGUAAAACCAGAACGGAGGAUGCUAAUUCUUUUAGAGAUGUUUGGAGCACGUGGACAACAAAAUUUUAUGCUGGAGGAGAGUUAUUUCUAUUUCAUGAUCAAUAUUGAAUUUUAGCACCAUUUAUUUUCAUGAUGACCUAUCAUUCACUUUUUUCCCCUAGUAGGUAGCAGCAGGGGCAUCUUCAACAUUAUUUAUCAUCAUUUGUUAUUUUAUGUGCUUGAUUUUUUUUUUAUGUGUGCCAUGCCUUCUUAGACAAUUAUCUGUUCCAAGUAAAAUGUGGCAUUUAUAAUGUAUAUUUCUUUCUUUACUGAUAGCUAUCUCUUCUUUAUGUUACUUAGGUCGAAAAUACUCCUACUUUGAGUUGUUAUUAUGCUCAUGGAGAGGAAAAUCGUAAUUUUCAGAGGCGUAGCUACUGGAUGCUGGAUCCGUAAGUCUUUUAUCAACCCUGGUACUUGGACUUUAGUUAUCAACCCUGUCUGUUGUUGCCUUUUUUUUUUUUAAUCUGAGAUGCAUGAUUCCUACGUUUUAUUUGCUUUAGUUAUUUCUUUUAUUUCUAAAAUAUAUUAAAAAUUGUUAAUUGAGUGUAUAUAGUUAUAAGGUUUACAUUUCAUGCUUAAAUGUGCUUUGACAUUAGGUCAAGUGGAAUGAUUGAUGACAAGAGUACAAUCAGAAAUCAAAAAGUAUUGGUGAAUUUAAUGCAACCUAUGAAAACACUAAGAUGGAAUAGACCCACUAAUAUAACCAAUGUCUCCUGCAAUAUGAUGAGAAGCUAUUCCUCCUGGAACAAUGAUAGGAUCUCAGGACAGUAACAUGAAACAAAGAGGGAUCGACAGAGAAUACUCGGAAAUAAGAAGGGAAAUAACUAAAAGAAAUAUAAACCUUAUAACUUUAUACACUCAAGUAACAUUUUUUAAUACAUUUUGGAUAUCUGAAUGAGGCUAUGAAUUAUCUUAGCUUACUGCUUUGUAUGAAUAACGACUAUAUGUUUCAGAGCUGAGUUCUAAAAUUACAAUUGUAUGAAUAGUAGAAUUGGGUGAAGUAGAUCAUCCAUUGGAGGGUAAAUGAAAACGUAAGAUUAUUUGCAAUUGAUGAAGCAAGGGAGAGUCAUCUAUAAAAUAUCAAGGGGCGAAUGCAGGUCUUCAAUGGUCUGGCUCAUCUCAUCACGAUUGUGACAGUCAUGAGGCUCAGUGGAAAUGGUUGAGAUUGACUUGGAUAACGUAUACAAAUAAUUUUUUAUGGCUCUCUAAUGCGGUAAAACACUAUUCAAAGACCUACAAAAGGCCCGUUUUCCUUGUCAUCGGUAUGCUUUCACUCUGUAUAAUCAAUUCCUUCCUGACAGCUAACUUACUUUUCUUAGAUGUGAUAGCUUCCUGUGCAUAGGAGGAUGUGUAGAAGUGGCUCUUGUCUUUGAUAUGAGUAUGUAGCAGUUUACUGAUUGUUCAGGAUUGUGGGUAUGCAUGUCAUUUUGUGUCCGAUGUAUGUCUGCUUCUUUAACUUAGUCCAAUUAUGUCUUUGUGAUACUUCCUACCAAUCACAUAUGUUACUAGGCGAGAUGUGUUUAUUCUGUUCAAUUUUUACUUGAAUUGGUCAACAAUACUUUCAUUCGUCGUGCUUGUUUUUGGAUUUCUCACAGUAUGUGGACUAUGUUCAAAACACUGAAAAUAAUGUCGGCAGAAUUAACGUGUAUGACACAGGUAUGCUGACCUUGACAAUUGGUUGCAAAAUAUACUUUUUAACUUUAAAACUGAAACCCUGUUGUUGAAAUCCGUGCACAGAAUGAUGGUGUAGAAAUGUGUAUAAGGAUGGUACAUGCAUGCUAAAUCCCUCCAAUCACUGAUGAGAGCAUUCUGAUAUAAUUCUCACCUCGCUAACAGCUACUCAUUGAAAUGCAAACACUUGAAGAAAAAGCUGCAUGCUCAGUUGUUACUUAACUAUAUUCUUAAUACGCGAUAUUAGUAUUUAUUGAUUAGGAAGUAUCUUAUGUGGAGCUUAUGCCACGAUAUAUAGCUCUUAACAAUUGGGACCUCCUCGAUAGAGGCAAAUUACUCUUUUAGUAUUGAAGUAAAACCUCAGUGCUUCAAGCAUUCGUUUUCUGCUUCUAGGAUGUAACAUGCAAUAUGCUUCUGGAAUAAAGAUUUCUCCAUUUAUCUGGCGACUUUGUAUUUAUUUAUUUUUCAUUCAUGUGCCUUGUGGAUCUGACCUAUUAAUGGAGAAGCAUGUAUGAUACAAAAAAAGAACUGUAGAUAGCCCCUCAAAAUUUCUGUAAAGAAAGAACUAAGCGCUCUCGGCUGAAAACUAGCACACAUUUAGGAAAGAUGCAAUAUAAAGCCUACUUCAAGAAAAUUCUGUGUGUUUCUGUUGGCGGAGGAGAGUGUGCAGUUAUGCGGAUGAUUAAGAUGGAAUAGGAAUUGAUGUCGUGGCAAAACAGUCAGAAAUUAAUUAACCUAGAAUUCAACCUAAUCGAUGAAUGCCGCAACUUAGCAGAACGUAAUUAGUCAUGGCUGCAUAUGUCUCUGAAAACGUGAGACCAGAAGUAGCACAAAUAAAAGGAGGAAGCUGCAUUCCUGCCAACGCUGUUUAAGUUCUCAUGACCAUGGUUUUCUUGUAUCAUCUUUCUUGCUGAUCAGAAAUAAUUAUUUAGAGGUUUUUUUUUUAAAUCAAGAUAAUUUAAAACACAAAGGAGACACUUUUCUACAUUCCAGAAAUGUCAUCCCCAUGGGUUUGAGUGUCACAUGCUUCUCUUUUUGACCGGGAUCAGGAAGCAUUCUGUGUAUUCAUUCGUCAAAAUAUGCUGACUUCAUCUGGUCUUCUCUCUUACUUAUGUGAUGAAAUGUGUCGAUGCUGUUGUUCAUUUAGACAUUAAGGAGAAGCUGUCAAACAGAAAAACCAUCUAAGGUUCAAUUAAUCAAUUACACUAUGAUUGUAUAUUUUGUUUCACUUUUUUAUCUGAUGCACCUAAGAAGCCUUCAAAAAGAAAAGGAUAUGUUUCUAUGGGGAUUUGUGGUUGUACCAAGGUCAACUGUCUGCCAGAUUAGUGCUCUAUUGCCUAUUUACUUUUUGAGAUUUUUUCGUUUGGACAUGUUGAUAUCUGUUACCACCUGCUUGUCUUUUUGAAAUCUGAUUCGUAGGUGGCUUAACUGCUGUUUCUUGUAAGUAAACAAGAAACAGGUUCACACAUGCCUUCUGCUAGGCUCUCAUAACUCAGUUUAGUUUUCUUUGGCGGACCCCAUUGUUAAGUGCAGUGCUCUUGUCUAUGUGUUUAUAUGCAUGUGUCUGGUUUCACAAAAAAUUAACAAUGUGCGUUUUUUGGCUAAUAUUUUUUGUUUCAGGGCUUAUGAGCAUAUCGUUCUUGUUCAUUAUAGAGAUGUUACUGAGGUUAGUAGCCACCAUCAUAUCUACCUGCUGAUAGCGAAUUUUCUUCUUCAUGUGAUUACAACUUUUCCUGUCUUCGGCUCCACUUCUAGUUCAUGGCAUUCUUUAGUUGUUGGAAAAUUUUCCAUUCCCCUUGUAAUUCAGACGAUAAAUGUGCAACGGAUGCCUGCUCUUUUGGAAAAAAAUAAAAUCCUGUUGCAGCGCUGUUAUCUAAGUCGAUCCAGGGAUCAUCCGACCCAGAUGUCCUCAAGCUGAUUUUUAUGUAUUUCAGGAAAGAUGUCCUGGAUCAUCCUGCAGCUUAUCCGAAAAUGUUUCUUUGACCUCCAGUCAGAGCAGUAGUCCCGCAAAUGAAAGUCAGGGAGGUAAUGAUUUGUCUUCAUACAGUCCUGCUUAUGUGAGCAAGCGACUUGUGAGGCGAAUUUUCGAUAUAAUAUACCUGACUAGGGUGGAAAUGAUGGAUCAGGAAAUUGUGGUCUGCCUUCACAGGCACAGAUGGAUGAAGCACUGAGAAAUGUAGAGCGGGAUUUAUUGUCCGAUGAUGAUAAUGGUUAUCAGAUAUCUGAUGAGCAAAUAUUUCAUCUACACCAGACACUAGAUAACCUGGAAAAUCAGAUUAAUCAUGGAAGAAGGAGCCCUACACAGGAUAUGUUUGGAGAGUCAGAAUAUGUGGAAUAUAGUUCUGACAUCAGUAGAGAUAUCGGAUGGGAAGAUAACACUGCUACAUGUAUGUCACCCAAAACUUCAAGUUCACUUUUACAUAUUUCUAGCUACAAUGAGUUCAGGUUCUGGUAAUUUUUAUUUUUUCCUAUAUUGUUUAGAAUUAUAUCUAUGUAACACCGGGACUUGUCUUUGUGCUAUUUACAAUCUCAGAAAAGGAUCAUAUAAUGUCUCUACCUUAGAUAUUCGUGGAUCAUCUUUAUAGAUGGAGUCCAGAACGUGAUCUCUAUGCUAUGCAUUUGCAGUUCCUUUAUGUAUGUUUGGUAUAUAUACUGGGUAAAAAGAGAAUCAUCUAAUUAGCUUACGUGCCCAGAUUAAAUGUCCUGAUCCAUCAGUUGCAUUUGAAAACAAUGGCAACGGGUAUUGUGUUAUCUAAUAUCUCGUUUAUCCAUAGACAGUCAACCAUUCUUUAUUCAUCUAUUAGGACAUUCUUCUCAUCCAAUAAGAUACUCUCUUGAACACUUAAUCGAUUCAGAUGUUGUUCAUUUUUCUAUAGGUGACAAUCUUAAACAGGAAGACCAGUUAUCAAGUUCACAGCGUACCGUUGAAGGGGAAGUCCUCCCCAUAUUGAAAGAUCCGCGGAUGCAUACAACAUCCACUACCACAAGUGGGGAUAACACACUUCCUGAUAUUAAAACAAAUUCAGCUGAAGACGAACUUGCUGCUACGGAUACAGAAGUCUAUCAAAAUGUGAGUAGAUAAUAGCGACCAAUGUCCUCAGUUCUCUCUUUUUAUAAGCAUGCCUUCGUAAUAUUGCCUGAGAAUUUUUGUUUUUAAAUCCUGAUGGUCUAAAACUGAUUUAAUGUUUUUAAUGUGAAUAAAUUAGCUAUCUAUGUGGUAUUUCAUACGCAAAUUUCUGAUUUCGUGUGUGCCUAUUGGUAAGUUCAACAUCAUAUUUCUUCGUGUUCCAUUCCAGAAGUGAGUUUUAUGGAAGAUAGCCUUUCUUUUUGUGGAACUGGGCAUGAUUUAUGGGUCAAAUGAAAUAUUCGUAACAUAAAAAUAAUUUUCAGGGUAUAAGGCUACCUUCUUCAGAUAUGAGGAAUAUGCAUUUCACUUCAUCUAUGAAAAUUGUCAGCAGAUUGAUUAUGGAAGACACAUUGAAAACUCUGAAACUACCAAAGAAUCUUAUAAUUGCAUUGAAUCAUUAAUGUCGGCUAAAAAUUUUCAGGAACCUGAUGACGGCAACUCCAUGGUGCGCAGCAACGAUACCAUUGAGUGGAAGGAUAGCAUGCAAUUACCAGUUGAGAAUACAGCGUUUCACCCUAUCAUUUCGCCGGAUCUAUUUGAUGGGAGUGAUUAUAUGAUACCUCCUGUAGAAGAUUCAAUCUUGACCUUAGCUCGGAAACAGCUCUUUAGCAUCCGUGAAGUUUCACCUGAAUGGGCAUUUUCCUAUGAAAAUACAAAGGUAUACUCAUCAGUCAAUACCUUGGAUUAUGGAUCUUUCAAUUGUGUUUACAAAAAAAAUUGCAUCCUUGGGUACUCAUGCAGGUUAUUAUUACGGGAGAUUUUCUUUGCAAUGAUUUGGAAGUUGACUGGAAGGUCAUGUUUGGCGAAGUUCAAGUCCCAGCAGAAAUCAUCCAGAAAGGUGUGAUUCGUUGCCAAGCUCCUGCACAUGAUCCAGGUAGGGUCAGCUUGUGUUUAACUUCUGGCAACAGGGAAUCUUGUAGUGAAGUAAGAGAAUUUGAUUAUCGUGCGAAGCCUGAAACUUCUGGUUCAGAGCGAAAUGUGCAAAACGCCUCUGCAAGCAGGAACACGGAGGUGCUUUUAUUACUUGCCAGAUUCACACAGACUCUAUUAUGCGAAUAUGGUGCCGACUUGCCUCAAAAAGAAGAUGGUUUGCCACAAAAUGAUUUCUCAGGGAAACUGAGAUCAACUAAUGACCAAUGGGAUAAGAUUAUUGCGUCACUUGUGGACAGUAAUGACAAUGCAUCAGGUGUUGUAAAUUGGCUUUUGCAAGAACUUCUAAAGGACAAGUUGAUGCAGAGAUUACUGACCACAAGUAAGACUGGUGCAAUGGCAGACUGUUCUUUGUCUAGGCAGGAGCAGAGUAUCAUACAUAUGAUUUCUGGUUUGGGCUUCUUAUGGGCCUUAAAUCCCAUACUCGAAGCAGGUGUUGGUGUGAAUUUCCGUGAUUCAAAGGGAUGGACUGCUCUCCAUUGGGCUGCACAUUUUGGAAGGUAAUGGUGUCUCAUUCUGUUCUGACAUCCGUGGACCAAGCAUUGUACCUCUGUCAGUUUAUUAGAGUAUUCGUCAGAAAGUCAAGGCACUCAGUAGAGAGCCUCUUUCAGAGUUGUCAAGAUGUGAGAUUAAUGUAAGGCUUACAUGCCUCACCUUGUGCAACCACCAGGCAUCUUCAGGACAUCCUACGUGCCUAGACAUUCUUAGAUUUCUUUUAACAUUCCCUAAUUUGAGUAGCCCUCCUGUAAGUUAGAGUUCAUCAUAAUGGUAUGAAAAAAUGAAUUAAAUUAGAUAAAUUUUGAUUAAAAAACAUUUUUUAAAACAAAUAAUUUCACUUCUAAAAAAAUGGCAUGUGGUUGCAUGACAAUGCAGGGAGGAAAUGGUUUCUGCACUCUUAACUUCUGGUGCAUCAGCUGGAGCAGUAACAGAUCCAACCGUACAAGACCCUGUUGGGAAGACCCCGGCUUCUAUUGCGGCCGCCAAUGGCUACAAAGGUCUUGCAGGAUAUCUUUCUGAAGUUGCUCUGAAUGACCACCUUUCUUCUCUGACACUGGAAGAAAGUGAAAUCUCCAAAGGAUGUGCAGAGUUGGAGGCAGAAAGAGCUGUGGAGGGCGUAUCCGGUGGGAAUAUAUGUGUACUUGCCGGCGCAAUAGAGGAUCAGAUUUCACUCGAAUAUUCAUUGGCAGCGGUCCGGAGAGCUACUCAAGCUGCAGCACGUAUACAGUCUGCUUUUCGGGUCCAUUCUUUUAGAAAGAAACAAGAGAAAGCUGCGCAAGCUCGUGAUGAAUGUUCUUUGACUCCGCAAGAAAUCUAUGAGCUUUCAUCUGCAUCCAAGGCUACCCACAGGCAUCAUGAUCUGAAGUUUUUCACAGCUGUUCUUUGUAUUCAGAAAAAAUAUCGUGGCUGGAGAGGACGCAAGAACUUCCUCAAGUUACGCCAGCAUGUAGUGAGAAUACAGGUACUUGAACUUCCCCUUGUUUUUUUUUUUUUUAAAAUGUCUUUGGAUCGUGCUAAUUAGACUUCAUUUACUGUCAGAAUAAUGGAAAAUAUUUAUCUCAUGGCAGCUAUGCGUACACUUCAAGGAUUAAAGUAGAACACACACUCAGAAGUGUUUUUUUUUUUUUUUUCAUGCAAAUACACAGCUUUAUAUAAGGCAUAGAGAAACUCCCAAUCCAUACAUACCCCAUACUUUGGGUAAAUAUUUAUCCUCCAUGCUAUAUUGCUGAUUGUUAAAAGGGGAUUUUCUUAAGUUGCUGAUGGUUGACAAUAUAUAACCAUUAAUGGAAGGAAACAGUGUGCAAGCAUGACAUUCUGAGAAUCAUCUCUGACUAGUAUUCUCGUGCCCAUCCCCCUAGAAAAAUCGACAAUGUAAAUCAGAUGAGCUGCGAAGGAACAAGAUCUUUAAACCAGAACAGUAAACAUGACGUCCGAAGAGGUUUGACUUAUGAAACUAAUGCAUCUCGCGUGACUCUUCAAUGAAUUCUUCAUUGGGUUUGACCUUGAAACUAGGUGACAGCUAGAUGUAUUGUUCUGUGCGCUUUUAAAAAUGUGGAGAGUACCCAGAGGAUCGGGUCUGGUGCUGGAUAAAUUUCCUUCUUGAGAGGACGCAGUGGAUGCAUACCAUUCAUAAAUAACAGAAGAGGUAUGCAUUUACUUUGAAUCAUUUUCUCUUUCGAACAGAUUCGGCGGCAAGAAAUAACCCACAUGAGUGGAAUUUGCAUUUUUAUGUAGAACUUAGAAAAAGAAAAACAUAUCUGUUUAUGCAGGCAUAAUAUAUGAUCUAGAUGGUUUUAAUAUAUGAACUAGGAUACUUGCUUGCUUGCAUGCUCUACUGGGUCAACAGCCCAGUUUAGCAUCGGAUUGCAGCCUUCUUGAGUAAAUGCUAUUUCUCCACGGUUCUUUAUUACCUUUUCCAGAGAGCUCAAUUGACCAGCAUGGGGUCAACUUAUGAGCGACUUGGCAUGAUUUUGCACGCACACCCUCCCCGUUCGGAACUCCCUACAGCAGAACUACUCGGAAAUCUUCAUUCUCGUUUCUAUCAGUUUAUUUAUUAAUUUUUGCGUGGUUCCAAUUUACUCUUCGGAGGAAGGAUGAGCCCCGAGGUUGAGUUGCUCUCCUGAUUUCUGCAUCACAUUCUCUCCGAGCAGGCUCACGUGAGAGGCCACCAAGCCAGAAAAAAGUACAAGGAAUUCCUCUGGACCGUGGGUGUCUUCGAGAAGGCCGUGCUCCGAUGGCGCAGGGGAGGAAGGGGGCUGCGAGGAUUCAAGGUCGACUCAGAGCCCAUCGAUGAAGAAGAUGACGAGGACAUCUUGAAGGUCUUCCGCAAGGAGAAAGUCAACGUCGCCCUCGACUUGGCUGUCAGGAGAGUGCUUUCGAUGGUGGCAUCUCCUACGGCCAGGCAACAGUAUCGCCGGAUGGUUGAAAGCUUCUGGCUGUCAAAGGUAGAGACUUACCUAACUACUUACUCUUUUUAGAUGACCACCCGUGUCGAUCAACACUCGGGGCCAUCUCAAAGGAGGCAAGCCCCACGGCCCAGACCUCACCCUCUUCCAGUUUCGACGAUUUCAGGUAGUCCAAGAAGGUGGGGCCAGGCCCACGUCAGAUCUUCACAGCGACACCACCUAUUUAUUCCCAGAUGGCUCAGAAUGAUCCCAAAAAGCUCCUCUCCCCUUUGUGGGUCGUCAAAGAUUCUCCAAAAGUUGUAUAUAAGUAAUGCCAAAUACUUUCUCUCUCUCUCUCUCUCUCUCUCUCUCUCUCUCUCUCUCUCUCUCUCUCUCUCUCCCAAUGAUGAUGGUGAUAAUUAUUAUUAUUAUGAUUAUUACUAUUAUUCUUAUUGUCAUACAAGUUAG